UUUUUUUUUUUUUUUUUUAAGAAAUAUAUCGCAGUUAAAUUAGUUUAGACAGCAUGACAUCAGAGAGUAAUUAAAUAGGUUUGUUGGAAUUCCGUUUCCAAUUCCUGAGUUCAGGUUUGUAAAAGAUUUCUGAGCACCUGCAGGUCUCUCUGUGUGUGAAAUAUUUUCACUGGAAAGGAUUCAAAACGUUAAAAAAACCUUUUAACACAGAGGCAGCAUUACGCCAUUCUUCCUUCUUGGAAAAAAAACCCCUCCGAUUUAAACAGGACUCCUUCAAGUUUUCAGUCAGUUUUACAGAAGAAAACGAGGUGGUAAACUUUCUCUUUUCAAGAGCGAGUCCUUUACAGCCGCUAAGUGAAGUCAGGGGAGAGCGCGACUGAGUUCGGAGCAUUUCCACUAUGGGACUGGAUACGAGCACUGAACAACCAGAUUCGAAAUGUUUUAAUCGAAAACCGUUUUUGCUGACUUUGGUUUUUAAUUUCUUUCAUGUUUUCUUCUGCCAAACUGGAGGAACCUUCCCUGAUUUUUUCUUUAGUGGCAUUCAGAGGAAGACCAGAGGAUGAAAAUCCUGCAUUUUCUCACUUUACUGCUUUGGCAUUUGACUUGGCUGUCUCUGGAUCGUGUUCCUGGAGCACUGAGUAAUUCCGAAGCAGGCCAGAGUAAUCCAGGGUCUAAAACAGAUCUGUUAAAAGCAGAAGGAAAAGAGAGGACUGCCUCAGCACGGGCGGGCGCGCCGCGGGCUGCGAACCAUGGAUUUAGCACCGGGACCUCGAAGGCGAGGGCUAAAAGCAACGCUGCUCAGGCUGGAGCUCUGCUGGCCAAGAACGAUGAAUCACAGAGGGUUCUUUCAAGAACAGCAGUCACAGAGGCAAAGGUAGGACAUCUCCCGAGCAGACCUUCUGCAGUAAGGACGGUGACUCCAAAGGUCCCAAAUCUUGGCAGCAAGGCGGCUCUGAAGAAAACUGGCACGGGCGGCACUGAUGCCAGCUCCUUCAAAACGAAGAAGACUAAAGAGCCUGUGACCCAAAGGGAAGCUAAGGAAACCUUCAGACAGCCCCCUAUAACGCCACAUGAAUACAUGCUCUCUUUGUACAGGACUCUCUCAGAUGCAGAAAGAAAAGGUGUUAAUGGAAGUGUAAAACUGGAGGCUGGACUCGCCAAUACAAUAACCAGCUUUAUAGACAAGGGACAAGAUGAGCGAGCGCCAACCAUAAGAAAACAAAAAUAUAUUUUUGACAUCAGUGCAUUAGAAAAAGAUGGCCUGCUGGGAGCAGAGCUUCGAAUACUGAGGAAAAAGCCUUCUGAUACGUGGAAGUCUCAUUCUUCUGGAAAAACUUCCCAGGUGAAAUUAUUUAGUUGCUCUACCAACAGACAAGCAGCAACACUGCUGGACUCUCGUACCGUCAGUAUCACGGACACACCAAAAUGGGAAGUGUUUGACAUCUGGAAGCUUUUUAGGAACUUUAAAAACUUGGUUAACUUGUGUUUCGAACUGGAAACUUUUGACAGGGGGAGAGCGGUUGAUCUCAGGACUGUGGGAUUUAACAGAACGGGAAGACAGGUCAACGAAAAGGCUCUCUUCUUGGUAUUUGGGAGGACAAAGAAAAGGGACUUAUUUUUCAAUGAAAUCAAAGCUAGAUCCGGCCAGGACGACAAAACCGUGUAUGAGUACUUAUUCAAUCAGAGGCGGAAGAGAAGAGCUCCUCUGGCAACACGGCAAGGGAAGAGGCCCAGUAAGAACCUGAAGGCAAGGUGUAGCAGAAAAGCCCUCCAUGUGAAUUUUAAGGACAUGGGCUGGGAUGACUGGAUAAUAGCACCCCUGGAAUACGAAGCGUAUCACUGCGAAGGUCUGUGUGAGUUCCCCCUCCGAUCCCACCUGGAGCCCACCAAUCACGCUGUUAUCCAAACUUUAAUGAACUCAAUGGACCCCGAAUCAACGCCUCCAACUUGCUGUGUCCCAACCAGGCUGAGUCCUAUCAGCAUUCUCUUCAUUGACUCUGCAAACAAUGUGGUCUACAAGCAGUACGAGGACAUGGUGGUGGAGUCGUGUGGCUGCAGGUAGCAGAACAGUUGCUCAUGUGAAUAUGUUACAAAAGAUAAUAUGACGCACUGAACAUAACCUCUCCUGAAACAAGGUUAACUUAAUUUCUUACCUCUAGGGUAUGUUUACAAGGAUGCAGCACCAAAUCCAGCCGUUCUGUAUGUCUCUCCACCAUCUCUCCACUGUGGGCGUAUUUCAAUUGUAUUUGGACGCUGUCAUACAGCCCAGUAUAAAGCCACAUGUUGGCAGCAAAAGACUGGCUCUAAAUAAAGUCUGUGACAGGGAGGAGUUGACCUCCAUGCCUCUAAAUCACCUGCUUUUACCCUAGAGGCAGUGUGUAAAGAUGGUAUUGGUGAGCUGUGACCUGUCCGACCCUUUGAACAACAUUCUUGAGACUGAAUCUAUGUCUGAGUCCCACGUGCAUUGUCCAUUAAGAACUGUAAGGACAUAGUCCUGAUGUCUGGAAGAGGAGGUUGUGUUCCGGCAUGCUCCCAUCUUGGUGUAAAUAGUUGCACUGUAAUAUGAUUUCUUUCUGAUUAGCUCUCAAAACUAUGCAUAUAUAAAAAGGAGUAAUUAAAUGUAACAUGUUGAUUUAGUUUUAAGUUGUACAUGGAGAUGGGUGAUGCAGGAGGUGUUCCUUUCCAUGUACAUUUUCCUCCAAGCUACAUAUCUUUCUUAAGUAUCCACCUUUCCAUUAUUGUGUAGCAAGAUAUAUUACCCUGUAUAAGGUCCAAGUUGUUCUCAAAUGCUCCUAGUAAAAGUGUUCAGUUAUGGCAUAAGAUGUAAUAAAUUAUUGACACAGUGCUAUAUUGUGUCUAGCUGUCCAACUCCGCAUAAUUAUAAUGCUCUUAAGAAUUUGCUUUAUCGUUUUUGUACAAUAAAUACAAGUGAAAGGG